AUGUCGAUCGAUCCUGCCAUUCCUGCUGCAUCUUUUGCAUGGGAUGUCUUGAAGUGGGUAGUUGUUCCUGUCAAGCGCCAAUUUGGAUACGUGAUCUCCUCCAAGAGCUACGCCCAGGAUCUUCAGAAGGAAGUCGGGAAGCUGACGUACGAGGCUGAGAGGAUCCACAAUGCCGUCGAAGUGGCCAGAAACAAUAUUCGGACGGUCUACAGUCUAGUCACCGAUUGGCACGAGAGUGCAGAGAAGGCCUUGAAGGAGGCGAGAGAGCUGUUGGAAGAGUUCGAAAAAGCGAGUAAGAGUUGCUGCUACGGGACUCUUCCCGACCCCAAUUGUCGCUAUCAGUUCAGCAGAAAGGCCAAGGAUAAGAUCGAGCUCCUUCAGCGACUCGCUCGAGAAUGCAGUGAAUUCAGGGACAUCUCCUCCAUUGAUCCUGCUCCGGGGAAUGUCACUGUGGUCUCCGCUCCUUCUGCCAAGGACGAUGGCGUCUUUGAAUCCAGAGCUUCGAUCAAACGUAAAAUCAUGGCCGCUCUUGCUGAUAACCGCAACAGUGUGGUUGGGGUUUAUGGGAUGGGCGGGAUCGGCAAGUCCACCCUUUUGGAAGAGGUUGAAAGAAGAAUAAGGGAAGAGAGUGACAUAAAGAAGGAAGAGAAUGUCAGCUUGCGAGCGAAGCUUCUGCACGAGAGGUUGGAAGAUGAGGAGAGGACGAAACAAGAAAAUGAUGAGGAGAGGCAGAAGAAGAAGAAGAAGGUGCUCAUAAUACUGGACAACUUGUGGGAGCCGCUGGACUUGAAAUCAGUCGGCAUUCCUUGCGGUCAUGAUAACAAAGUCAUAGGAUGCAAGUUGCUGUUGACGUCGAGAUAUCGAGAUGUCUUGCAAGCGGAAAUGGGCUGCGACGACCCCUUACUUCUUGGGGAGCUGCAGGAGGAAGAGGCAAGAAGAUUGUUUGAGAGUUAUGUCGGAGACAAAGUUCGCGAUGAAGAGUUCAAACCCUUGGUGGAGGAAGCACUCCAUAAAUGUGCAGGUUUGCCUUUCCUAAUUGUCCAAAUGGCCAAACUUCUUAAACACGCUAAUUUAUCCGGAUGGAAGAAUGUUUUAAAACAACUCAAGCUGUCUAAAAACGAGGGGAUUGGUGAGAAAGUAAAUAAGAUGUUGCAAUUGAGUUACGACCAUUUAAAAGGCGAGGAUGUGAAGUCACUGUUACGGCUCUGUGUUGUGUGUGGCGUCUCUAAGCCAUCUCUUGAAAACUUGGUGAGGUAUGGCGUGGGUUUGGGGUUAUUUCGAGAAGACAAGAGCAUGGAAGAAGCUAGAGAAAGUUUGGCAUCAUCCAUCCGCACUCUUCAAGACUCCUCCCUCUUGUUAGAGGAUAGAGAUGUUCAUGGUUUCAAAAUACAUGACUUGGUUCGUGAGUUUGUUGCCUCGGUUGCUUCCAGAGAUAACCCUUUUCUUGUGUUGAAAGAGAAAGAUAGGUUGAUAACAGAGUGGUCAAAGGACGAGCUCAAAAGUUGUAGGGCAACAUGCUUUCCCUACGUUGACAUGGAGGAGCUUCCUGAAGAAAUAGAUUGCCCCGAAAUGCAGAUGUUUUUGUUGUUCAGGAACAAUAAACCUCUUGAUGUUCCGGAUUCAUAUUUCAAUUCUAUGAGGAAACUCGCGGUCCUAAAUCUCACGGGGAUACAUCUCAUUCAUUCGCCAUUGUCGUUUCAACUCUUGGAGAACUUACACACCUUAUGUUUGGAUGACUGUUCGGUAGAUGAUGUAGCCAGUCUUGGCAACCUAAAAGGGCUACAAAUUCUCAGCUUUGCGAACUCCGAAAUUCCUCUAUUGCCGAAAGAAAUCGGGCAAUUGGUAGAGCUAAGGCUAUUAGACUUGAACCAUUGCUCGAGGCUUCAGGUAAUCAAACCAGGUGUGCUAGGAAGCUUGAUCAAAUUGGAGGAGUUAUAUGUGGAGAAUAGCUUUGAUCAAUGGAAUGCCAUGGAGCAAACUCCACCAAGUAAUGCCUGCCUUAUUGAGUUGAAUAACAUGAAGAAUCUCUACUCUCUACACGUAUCAAUUCCUGAUCCGAAUGUCCUGCCCAAGGAUUUAAACCUAGAAAAAUUAACCAAAUACAGAAUCCAGAUAGGCAAGACAUGGCACUCGUCAAGCGAGUACAAAACAUCAACAGCAUUGAAGCUCAAGUUGAAUCCAGCGAAUGAUAUUCUCCACAAAGGAUGUGUACGAACUAUCUUGGACAAAACUGAUGAUCUGUAUUUGGAUGGAUUGAACAAACCUCAAAGUAUUUGCGAGUUAUCCCUAGAAAGUUUUCCAAAAUUGAAGCAUCUACAUGUCGAGAAUGGUCCCUCCGUCCAUUACAUCCUCCAAUGCCCUUCCUCCACUGCUUUUAAGAGGUUGGAGUCAUUAGUUCUCGAAGAUCUGAUCAACAUGGAGAAGAUAUGCCACAGCCAUGUCUUGUCCACGUCCUUCCGUACAUUGAAAAAAGUACGAGUCAAGCUUUGUUUCAAAAUGGAAGUUUUGUUUCCUUGUUCAUUACUGAGAGAACUUCCACAGCUUGAAGAGAUCGGAGUUAUCGAGUGCGACUUGAUGCGGGAGAUUGGAGAAGCUGAUGAAGGUGGCAAAGUUGAGUUGCGUAAUUUGCGUGCAUUGGAGUUGCGUGACUUGCCAAGUAUGAAAAACUUUUUAUCCGCCGGGAGUGCUCCUUUGAGUAGUUCAUCAGAAACCCAAGCUGCCACUCAAGCUGUAUUUUUCAACGGGCAACAGGUUUCAAUCCCAUCCUUGCAGACCUUGACUAUGUAUGGACUUCCCAAUCUGGAAACUCUAUGGAGCGAAGAAUCUGCAGUGGAACUGAGCAAUCUUCAAUCUCUUGAGCUGUUGGGGUGCAAAUCUCUCUCGAAGGUUUUCAACUUCAGGUCGCUGGUAAAUUCACAUAAGCUGCACUCUUUAACUAUCAAAAAUUGCGUUUCGGUGCAAGAAGUUUUUGACCUUGAUGGACCAAGCGCCAGCGGAAAUGUUGAGACUCCCUCCGAGCUAACCACCUUGGAGUUAUGGGACUUGCCGAGCUUGAGGUGCCUAUGGAACAAGAAUCCUUGCGGACUAGUGAGAUUCCAUCGUUUAACAAAGCUAAAGGUGAUUGACUGUGACAGCCUCAGGUUUCUGUUUUUGGCAUCAAUGGUAAAACCUCUAGCACAAUUGAAAGAACUAGAAGUGAUGUAUUGCAAGAAGAUGGAGGCGAUCAUUAUGGAGGAAGAAGGGUUGGAAACGGAAACAUCAGGAAUUCUAGCAUUCCCGAUGUUGACUUAUUUGCGAUUAGCUUUGGAAAGUUUGACGUGCUUCUCUCGCAAAAAGUGUUCACGAGAAGCUAGGUAUCGGGAUCACGUUAAAUCACGCGCCACUGCCCUCUUCAAUCAUGAGGUUGCGUUUCCUCGCUUGGAGACAUUAGAGAUCUGGAACAUGGAUAAUAUCGAAAUGAUAUGGGACAAUCAAGCUGCUGCGGAUUCUUUCCACAAUGUAAAAUCACUUGAUGUGCGGGCAUGCAAUAAGCUAGUGAACAUUGUUCCUUCUUGCAUUGUUGGACGGCUUUGGAGCCUGGAACGUUUGCGUGUAUCUUAUUGUGGUUCGCUUGAAGUUGUUUUUGAACUUCAGUCACUGAAUCCUCUAGAUGGGAAUCCUGGUGUUCGUUCUCAAUUAAAAAGGCUGAUGUUAUAUGAAUUGCCACAGUUGAAGUGUGUAUGGGAUAAGGAACUCCACCAUCAAGUCAAAUUCCAGUGUCUCCAUUCUGUUACUGUUUCCAAUUGCAAGAGCCUCACCUCUCUAUUUCCAGCCUCAGUAGCGACAGAUCUUAUCCAACUUGAGGAGUUGGAGAUCAAUGCAUGUGGCAUUACAGAACUCAUCGGGAUGGAAGGACCAGUUCUUGGGGUUGUCUUCCCAAAGUUAAACUCCCUCAAGCUCAAGCAUCUGACAGAGUUGAAGUGCAUCUACACGGGAACACAUGCUUUAGGUUGGCCAGCAUUGAAGACUUUGGAGGUGCAUGGCUGUAACAAAGUGGAGAUACUCGCUUCCCAAAUUGAGAAUGAGACGCCACUACAGAAACAGCCUCUCUUCUUGUUGGAAAAGGGUGCCUUCCCAAAUCUACAAGAGCUAAGAUUGGAUUUAUCUGGACAUAUGGAGAUAUGGCAUGGGGAUUUUUAUUGUGAAGAAUUCUUCCGAACGCUUAGGGUUCUUGAGCUUUGUCAUCUCUCGGAGGAAUAUGCAAUAUCCAUGUGUCUUUUUAUUCAGAGUUUAACCAACUUGGAAAAGCUCGUUCUAUGCGAAUCUCAUCUAGAGAAGCUGAGCAGAAAUGUGGAAGCCAUAGAAGACCCAAGUCAUGAGCUAUUACCCUCGUCGAGAUACUUUCAACACCUGAAGACUCUAGAUGUGUCACAUUGUGAUGGUCUAUCAAGUAUGUUCACACCGACCAUGGCUAAAAACUUGACGGAACUCAUAGAGUUGAGGAUAAGAAAUUGUAAAAUGUUGAAAGAAGUUAUUAGUGACGAUGGGGGUAAGGAGGGGUAUGCAGUGACUUUCAAUCAGUUGAAGCACAUACAACUUGAUGGGUUGACGAGGUUGAGUUGUUUUAGCUCAAGUGAAUACACUUUGGUGUUCCCUCUCUUGGAAGAUGUCAUAGUGAGUGGAUGUCCCAACAUGCAGUCCUUCUCUAAAGGACCAAUAGUUGCGCCAAAGCUGGAGCGAAUACAAGUAGAAACACAAGCAGAUCCAAAGCCUCAACAUGAAGUGUGGUUUUGGAAGGAAAACCUCAACACCACUAUCCAAAAUAUGUUUGAAGAAAUGGCUACGAUUGCUAGAGUAAAGUUUAUGUGGCUAUCUGAGUUCCCUGAGUUGAUUGGAAAGUGGCAUAGUGAACUCAAUCCCAUCAAGUCAUCUUGGCAAUUAGAAAGAUUGGCAGUGGAUAAUUGUCCAUCAUUUAUUAACGCUAUUCCAUCCAAAUUGAUGCUUGUUUUAGAGAAAAUGACAAGGUUGCAAGUGUGCAAUUGCGAGUCUUUGGAAGAAAUAUUCGAUCUUGAAGGGCUUGAGCCUAUGGAAAUCACUCGGGUGCUACCUCAGCUACGAAAUUUGGGCUUGGUCAAUCUACCGAAGUUGAGGCAACUAUGGAACAAAGAUCUUCAAGGAACGAUGCGCUUCAGUUCUCUAUUUUCUCUGACCCUUUAUAAUUGCAGCAACUUGAGAUAUGCUUUCACUCCAUCGAUGGCUCGAUGCCUUGCAAAUCUACACGGCAUUGAAAUAAAGGAGUGUGGUGAAAUGGAAGAAGUGAUCGCAGAGGAAGAAGGGCACAUAAGCGUGGUUGAGAAGAUCACAUUCCCGAUGCUCUAUACGAUGACGCUGGAAUGCUUGCCCAAUUUGACGAGUUUCCUCUCGGGAAAGAGUCAUAUGCUGGAUUGUCCUCGCCUAAUAGUGUUGACCAUUGCCCACUGUCCCAAGAUGAGAAGUUUGACAUGGCAUUCUUGGAUGCAGAUUGAUCAGGAUACCCCUUCCCUCUUCACUCCACAGGUACAAUUUCCCACGCUUAAAUCGAUAGUUCUCUCCCACAUGGACAAAUUAAGCAAAAUAUGGACCUGCGGCCCUCAAGGAACUUUCACUUUUAAAUACUUGCAGAAAGUGAAGGCUCGUAACUGUAAGAACCUUGAAAUUUUGUUUCCACAUUGGGUGGCUACAAGUCUAAGCCAACUUGAGGAACUUCGAGUGGAGUCUUGUGGGCUCGAGGAAAUAGUCUGGAGUGCGAGUGGAGAUGACAGUCAACACUCUAUUGCUGCUCAAUUUCUUUUCCCAGUAUUGACUUCUCUGGUAUUACAUGAUAUGCCACAACUCAAGAGCUUCUGCCCUAACUUGCUCACUUUGAACUGGCCAUUCUUGAAGGAAUUGCGAGUGACCCAUUGUGAAAAAAUGAAUAUGUUGUCCUUUCCAGCAACCAUGAGGUAA